GUUGUCUCUGCUGGUGAGCUGCUCACUGCUGGCUGCUGUGAUGAUGUACGAAGUGCGGAUAACAAAAGGUUUGAGUUUUUGACAAGUGACAACAUACUUAUUGCUUGGCGUGUUUCCUGUGAUCCUGUGCGAUAUUCAGCAUUUCAGCCAGUACUCGUUUCUCUGGACCGCCAAAAAUCGAUAUUCCGCGUUUGUGUCCGAUCAAGUUUAUUUCAUCGUACGUCUGCCCGCCCUCACGUGCUCGUCCUGAACGAAGGACCCGGAAUCCUGUUCGCGAGAAACGUCCGCCGCCGCCGCUGCCGAUGACGACUUGACGAGUACGCGACUCACCGAAAUUGGCAUGUCGCUUGACACCGACGGUUGUCCGCAGCAGAAAGAGUACGAUUACCUGCUGAAGUUCCUCUUGGUCGGUGACAGUGAUGUGGGUAAACAAGAGAUGCUCAACGAUCUCGAGGAUGGAUCAUCUGAGUCACCAUAUUGCAGCGGAAGUGCAUACAAAACUACAAUUAUACUCUUGGAUGGUAAACGAGUAAAAUUGCAACUGUGGGAUGCAUCAGGUCAAGGGCGUUUAUGCACAAUAAUCAGAUCUUAUUCAAGAGGAGCACAAGGUGUUUUGUUAGUUUAUGACAUAACUAAUAAAUGGUCAUUUGAUGGAUUAGACAGAUGGUUAAAAGAAGUUGAAGAGCAUGCACCUGGAGUUCCAAAAGUCUUAGUUGGCAAUCGUUUACAUUUGGCAUUUAAAAGGCAAGUUAGUGUCAAAGAAGCAGAAUCCUAUGCCUCAAAACAUCAUAUGACUUUGUUCGAAGUUAGUCCAUUAUGUGACUUCAACAUCAGAGAAAGUUUUAGUGAAUUAGCACGGCGAGCAUUACAUCGAAAUGGAAUGGAAAGACUUUUGCGAUCAAACAAAGUGUUAAGCCUCCAAGAGUUGUGUUGCCGUGCUAUUGUAGCAAGGACUACCCAGUAUGGUAUAAACCAGUUGCCUCUACCUGUAACAAUUAAGUCACACUUAAAGUCAUAUGCAUUGACUAGUUUCUCAACUCUAUCUAUGUCAUUACCACGUAAUGCUUCGGCAUCCAAAAAAAUUAAAUUGCCUUCCAACAAUACGGGUGUAUCACGGCAACAUGGUCACCCUGCACAUUCUGUAUCCCAUCAUCAUCAUUUGAAAAAUACACCAUUGAGCAUUUCAACAUCGUACAUUUCAAGAAACUCUUGUACAAUAUCAUGACUUAAAUCAUAACAUUAGUAAUACUUAUUUGAGUUUAUUUUAAAAUGUUUAGUAAGUGUAUAUUUUAUGUUAAACAAUGCAUAGUAUGUAAUUUUUUUAUUUGAUCUGUGUUAAGACGAUUAAUUUUUUUGAUCCGAAAGUAAGUUAACAUAUCUAUUAAGAUGAACUGUGUAAAUCAGUAUGAUAUUUUAUUGAUUAUUACUCGGAAGCAAUAAUUGUAAAACUGCGUGGUUGUUUAUAACCUCUUGUUUUAUUAGGGGUACUUUAUUCAUCAGAUGACUGUAUUUAUCAGUAAACAUGUGUAAAUAACAAAAGUAUGUAACUCGCAUCUUUAGUCAUUUUAUUUUUGCAUUUGUGAAUUCUAACUAUUUUUUUUUCUUUUGUAACUGUUUUUGAUGAUUUUUUUAUUAUUACUAUUAUUUUAUAUGAUUAUUUUUAUUAUUGUUUAUGAAAAAUUAUGACAACAAUUAUUUUAAUACUUUUAACAUUGAUAAAUAAACGUUGAAGUCAUCAUUCCUA